GCCCAUUAGUGAGUAAUCUGGGAAAAUCUGGGAAAAAGGGGACUCGUAGUGAGGUGGUCAGUCCCGGGAAGACCAUGGAUCUGUCCAGGAGCUGCCGGCUGUUUCUUCUGCUGCAAGCGCUUCUCAUUGCGUCCGCUCAGAGGGGCCCGGUGGGUCCCAGAGGCCCCCCGGGACCACCCGGAAUAGCUGGCGUGCCCGGCGUGGACGGCAUUGAUGGUGAGAGAGGUGUGGACUCCAAAGUGAACGGUGGCCCAGGUCCUGCCGGUGAAAACGCCAAAGAUGGAGUUCCUGGAGCUUCAGGACUUCCGGGAGCAGACGGACCCGUGGGACCUCCUGGAGAUCGAGGUGUAGUGGGCGUAAAAGGACAAAAAGGGGAUCCUGGACCACCAGGCCCGGCCGGGGAGCCUGGUGUGGGACCAGAUGGCUUGGAUGGAAUACCAGGGACCGAUGGACUCCCAGGAGAAAUGGGCAAAGUGGGUCCUCCUGGAGCCAGAGGCAAGAGCGGCCAAGUGGGCGCGAGUGGAGCCGCGGGACCUCGGGGUCCUCCGGGAGUAUAUCAGGGCCAAGAACUGUGCCCUAGCGCUUGUCCAGCUGGACUGUCAGGACACUCUGGACUGCCCGGCAUGAAAGGUCACAAGGGUGUGAAGGGUGAGUCUGGAGAGCCCGGUCGACAAGGACACAAGGGUGAGGAGGGUGAACAAGGACCACAGGGAGACGUCGGAUCUCAAGGACUUCCGGGCCCGGCCGGAGCCAAGGGCCUGGCAGGAAUCACGGGUUCUAAAGGCGAAAGGGGACCCCGAGGGAAGUCCGGGGACUUGGGACCUCAGGGCCGUCAGGGAGCACCGGGGGACAUCGGCCAAAGAGGAGCCAUUGGGGAGACCGGACCCAUGGGGGUGCAGGGGGAUCGAGGUCCUUCCGGAAUCAGAGGACCACCGGGACCAAUGGGAGAAGCUGGCCUUCCUGGUCCAGACGGUCGGGAGGGAAUCCCUGGACUUCCUGGCUCAAAGGGUCUUCCCGGCAAGAACGGAGCUUUGGGCGACGGCGGACUACAAGGUCUUCCCGGGGUUCCCGGUUCUUAUGGCCAAAAAGGAGUUAGCGGUCCAAAGGGCGUGUCGGGCGAUCCGGGCGUUGCGGGACUGAUGGGGUCUCCAGGAAAGCAAGGCGAGCGGGGCGACCAGGGUGAGGUGGGACCCAUCGGACCCAGAGGGGGACCGGGUGGACGAGGGGAACGAGGACCAAAUGGACCCGUGGGGGCGCCGGGUGGACGGGGAAGCAAAGGUGACGUGGGCCUUCCUGGACUCCCUGGACCGGCUGGCUAUCAAGGACAGAAGGGCGAAAGGGGCGCCGUGGGUCUGGAUGGUCCAAAAGGAGAGCAGGGACCUGCAGGUGCUGAGGGAACGGCAGGAUAUCGAGGAGACCUGGGCGAUCAAGGCGAACCUGGUGAGAAAGGAGCGACGGGACCGCCGGGAGAGACAGGAAACAAAGGACCGGAAGGUGGCCGAGGACAGCAGGGCAAGGAGGGCGAGCCGGGCCAAGCGGGACCCCGAGGCAUGCAGGGCGACAUGGGUGUGCCGGGACUGCCCGGUGGACAGGGACCGGCGGGCAAAUCACCAACAGACACGCACAUCAAGCAGGUCUGCAUGAGAGUCAUGCAAGAGCAGCUGGCCCAGCUGGCAGCAAGCCUGAGCAGACCCGAGUCGGGCGUGUCGGGGCUGCCCGGCACGCCUGGCCCGCCCGGACCCCCAGGCUCCAGCGGUGACAAUGGUUUCCCUGGUCACACCGGAUCCCGAGGUCUUCCCGGUCUGAAAGGACCGCCGGGACUGCUGGGCCGCAAAGGACCCAAAGGGGACCAAGGCGACAGAGGGGACCGGGGCCCCACCGCCCGUGGCCUCAAAGGAGCUCCAGGUGCUCCUGGUCUUCCAGGUCAGCCGGGCCGGCCGGCAUUUGGCAGCGACGGGCGUGACGGCUCCCGGGGGCCUCGCGGGGCUCCCGGAGUUCCCGGCAUUCCCGGCCCCCCGGGACCCUCGGGGCCCGCCGGAUACUGUGAGCCGUCUCAGUGUGUCCUGCCCGCCGUGGCGUCGGCGGUGGCUGGGGCGAAAGACUCUGCCGUCAAAGGCCCCGCUGACAUGUGAGCAGGAAGCGAGAACCAGAGCACCACCCACAGGCCAGCCCCAGAAAAACGCCAGAAGAAAAAGUUGCCUUUUCUGUGUACGCUGUAAAUGUAAAUGUGCAAUACACUCAAUACAUGUCUUUGGUCGGAAAAUAUUUCACUGCUUUUAUUUAU